AUGCCGCCUCCGCCUAUACGUAGAAAAGGCAAGGAGGCCAAGGAGACCGUCAUCUACCCAUCCUCAAAACGCCCAGCACCUCCUUUUAAACCGCUUCGACCGUCCAAAGUCCCACGGACCGAUUCCAAUACCUCCAUUGGUGCUUCCCGACCUCCAGCUCCAAAGCCGACAGCAGCGAGGAGAACAUCUGCUUCAAAGGCCAAUACGGGCAGCAGAUCAAAAGACCAUGAAGAGCACAAUAGCAGCAAGACCAUCUCUUCCGACCACGAAGUCGAUGACGAGCUCGAAGAAGUCGCACGCAAGCCAAUAGCAGCUCGGCGAAGGCCGUCCAACGCUGCGCAGCGAGGAAUCUCGCCAGUGUUGAUCUCUUCCCACGAAGCUCCACAAUCCAGACCAGAUGCAGACGACGACCCACUGCCAUCUCAAUCCGAUCCCACACCUUCAAUUCCCCAGGCACUUUUAUUACGCCUUCUACAUGAAGGUUUCACCGACAAGAACACCAAGAUCGACAAGCACGCCAUUCAAGUGCUGCAAAAGUAUAUGGAGAUCUUCGUACGGGAAGCCAUAGCCAGAGCCAAGCACGGAAAGCUCGAGGCAGCAGUGGAAGGCGAUGAGAGCGAGUUGGGCGGGACAUGGUUGGAUUUGGAAGAUCUGGAACGAGUCGCCCCAGGACUCCUGUGCGAUUUUUKAGAGUAUGGAGAGGUGCUUGACUGGGUCUGCAAUAAUAUGGUAAUGACAUGA